AUGCCAGUGUUAUCAGUUGUCCCAGAUAUCCUCCUGGGGGGGGUGUCAGUUGAUGGUGAACUAGUAAAGUCCAAUGAGCUAUUUGAUGAGCAACUCUCUCUUACUGAACUCAAGGGGCGCAGAGCUAUCGCAGUUAAAUUGAUUGACAACAAGCUAGGGAAAGAAAUAGAAGGGUAUUUUCACGAAAAGAAGAUUUCUCUUCUCACAAAGGAAGAUAAGAUUGAGGAAGACUUUGCAAAACAGGGUAAAGCCCCAGUGAAACCAAAAACAUUCACUAUUGCUUUAAACACACAGUUUUUGGACUGUGCCAGGUGCUGUGGUGCACAAAUAAUUGGCUGUUAUGCUCCAAAUGGUGAACACUGUGAGAGACCACUAGAGAUUGGUAUUCGCACCGACAGUGCUAUUGCUUCUAUUUAUGAUGAAACUGGCUUGGAAAUUGAGAAUGCUGAAAUACUCUUUACCCCUGAAGGAGCAUACCUGUUCAAGGCAUACUCCAAUGGUCAUCCCUACGAUACAUCCCAAGUGUGGGUGAAUAUCUUCACUGCACUCCUAGCUGAGCCAUCUAAUCUAGUGCCUGCUGUCAUUGUCCCUCAGUCCUACCCUAACCAGAGGACAUGGGAAUCCAUUAGAAGGAGUGUCCAGCCUGAAUUGACAGGUGGAAUUCUAACCUGCGAACAUGACUUCUCCUCUGAGUGGAGAACAUACUAUGAUCAUAGGCCGGAGAAGGUCCGCAAUGGGCUGGACCUAGUUCUUCACCCUGGCUUCUCUCUCUCCUCUGACUCCAUCCGACCAGGCUUCAAGAGACAGAAAUCCAGAAUGGCAAAGGAUCUUGCAGGAAUGAUGUUUGACCAUGUGAUGCAAGAUAUGCUACAAGAUGUCUGGUGGAAACACUUCAGAUGUAACCUCACUCAUUUCACACAGCCUCCUCAGGUUCCGUUUCCGUUUGAUGAUCGUUCUGACUCUCUUCCCAACAAGGAGUGCCUAGUUACUGCACUAAUAGACCAAAUCAGGGCAUCCCUGAAGGAUUGGAGUGAUCACGCCUUGUCAGACCUAGCACACCUCUGUGUGACCAAUCACAGGCAGUUUCUUGAAUUAAAGAGCCUGGCUGAGAAGAGUAAAGGAAGCCUCUCAUUCCUGAAUGAAAAGCUACCACACAUUCGUGGUUGUUUGAAGAAUUGUACGUUCACUGUCCCAUUGCUGUCACUUCCUGAGUCGCUCCAAGAAGAGAUUAUUCACUGGGUAUUCAGAAAUGAAGACAGAGUAUGGAGGUAUAGAGGAGGAAGGGAUGGUCGUGAAACUGUUCAUCAAUUCAUGAGUUUUCUUGGACGUCAGCACCAUGAUACGGCAAUAACAGCAAAGACAAUAGACAAGAAGGGCAAAGUGUUUGCUGGAGUUGUGACUUUCUGUGUACCGCACGACACUAGAAUUUACCGGGGUCUGAACUUUGGUGUGCAAAUGUACUUGAACAUAGCAGAACAAGUUCCAGCAAGAAUGGUGAUGUGUGACAUGCUGGAAGGCAGUGUGGAGAGGAUCAUACACAGCAAUAGGUUUCUGGAUGGUGUCACAGAACAAUUUGAGCAAGUUGUGUUCUCAGUGUGGCCAGUGAGAAUGGCGAUAAAAGUUUCUGGGGUGGCAAGGUGGAUGAGGAGGCAGCGAUAUGCAACAUCACAGGUUGGUCUCUAUGGAAGACAUGUUUUGGUCUUUGAAUCAGCAACGGCGAAGCGCAAACGCCAAGAAAAGCAUCUACCAGCAAAUAAAUUAACUAAUGGUGAUAUUGUUGGUGUUUUGUCUGGAAAUAAGCCCAUUGCUGGUCAGAGGAUCUCUGGAGUCAUCACAAAAAGUACAAGUUCCCUGAUUUCUGUUGUGUUUGAUGAUCUCUCUGACUCUGUGGAUCUGUCGGACUACAAUGGAAUGAUACAGUUGGUGAAACUAGCCAAUGAUGUCACCUACCGAAGGAUUAGAAGUGUACUUGAAACCCUGGAAUCGUAUACCAGUGGGCGGUGUCUACACCUUAUUUCAGUUCUCUUCUCUGAAGCACAGUUGCUGCCAUCUGGUCAAGAGUACACAUCACUCCAGGAACAAGAGAUAGAAAAAGUGGUUCGAUUAGGCCACCCUGCAAGACUAGAACACGCUGUUCUCCAGUACUCUUUAGAUGCACUGGUGGCUAACUCAGACUCGGCUGGCAUCAUACUGGAUGUUAGACAAGACAUUGAUAAAGCAUACUCGCAGUGCAGAAAGACAAGGGGUUCCAGUGACAAGAGAAAAUUGCGGUCUGAGAUAAAGACGCUGAAAUCAGAACUAAAAGAGAGAGAAGAGAAAUGUUUGAAGCAGAUUCUAUUACGUGCUGAUAUCAUAUUGUGCACUUUAACUGGGGCAUCACCAGAAGGGGCACUCAGGUUUUUGCCCCAUGAUCACUUUCAUAUCGUGGUAAUUGACGAAUGUGCCCAGGCACUUGAAGCAAGCUGCUGGAUUCCUCUUCUGAGAGCUCCCCGCUGUGUUCUAGCUGGAGACCAUUGUCAGCUUCCUCCUACUAUUCUCUCCCAGGAGGCGAGUGAUAAAGGAUUUUCACUAAGUCUGAUGGAACGGGUUGUUAAGGAGAUUGGCGGACCAGUUGUAUCAACUCUCACCACUCAGUAUCGUAUGAACUCUAAAAUCAUGGCAUGGUCAUCUCAUGCUCUGUAUGAUGACCUGCUUGUCCCUCAUGAGAGUGUGGACAGUCACUUGCUGAGGGACCUGCCAGGUGUUGGAGAUGGAAGAGAGACAACUGUUGCUCUUGUGUACAUUGAUACUGCUGGAUGUGGUGUUCAUGAGCUGGAGACUGAUGACGUUGAAUCCAAGGGGAAUGAAGGUGAAGCAGACCUAGUCUUUCAUCACAUCAAAAAGCUUCGCAGUAGUGGAGUGCCUGAUAAAGACAUUGCUGUUAUAGCUCCAUAUUCCUUGCAAGUUGAGCUAACCAGAGAGAGAAUUCGAACUAUCUGCUCGACUGCCACUGAUUCUCUGGAGGUUCACACAGUCGAUGGCUUUCAAGGAAGAGAGAAGGAGGCAGUGAUAAUAUCACUAACUAGAUCCAAUGACAGAGGUGAGUAUGGUUUCCUUAAGGAGCAGCGACGUAGCAAUGUGGCAGUAACUAGAGCUCGAAGACAUCUGUGUCUGAUAGGAGACUCUGACACAGUCUCUUGUGAGCCUUUCAUAAAGGGAAUGAUCGAAACCUGUCAUCGUGUUGGUGAAGUGUGGAGUGCUCAUGAGUAUAUGCAAGAUCCAGAUUUUGAGGUUUUCCAAUGUUAUGAGCCAAAGCAGAACAAGAAUUCAGAAGAAACAAAGAAGCAGAAAAAGGCUGUAUAUAACGAAGAUGAAGUUACAUCGCAUUCUGGCAGGAGCAAACCUCGGCCUGCCACACAAUAUAUCCCCACCACUCUAAAUGAGGGAUCUCCUACACCGAUCACCGGUGACUUGCAGAGCAAAGAUCAACGUGUAACUCUUGAAGAAGCCAUCCACUCUUUCAUUGAUAGCGAUUCUGCAGUUUUGUCCUUUCCGAGCUCUUUAACUGGAAAUGAGCGAAAGAUUGUACACGAGCUUUGUGAACAGUUUGGAUUGCUACAUGUGAGCAAGGGGUAUGGAAAGGAGCGGUUUAUAGAAGUUCGCAAGGUGCAGGAAGAUAAUACUAUGGCACAAGCAAAAAGUCUACCCAGAGAUGAAGCAAAGAGUCUGCCAACAGAUAGCAGUGAAGCAAGAGAGCUUGACCCAAUAGCCCACGAGGAAGUCUUGGGGCCGAAAAGCAAAAUAUGUGACGUGUGCAGAAAAGGCAUCCUACAAGAAAACUGGAAAUUACAUCAGAUACAGUGCCUAAAAAGAAUGGAAAGAGAAAAAUGUACUGACCUCAAAUUGAGAGAAACUAACAAAACAGCUCAUCAACCCAAACACACCUCGAGAAAAAGGUCUUCUCAAACAAGUCAUGGUGUUCCAACUCAUGAAGACUUGGAUAAACUGCUUGCAGAAGUGACAUUGGCAGAUUGUACGUGCAAAUUUUCUCAGUGUUCCAAGAAAGUAAAUUUGCUUGGUAUUUUCUGUCAAUUCUGCAAAAAACGGUUCUGCAUGGAGCACAGUCUCCCAGAAGUACAUGGUUGUGGAGAUGCAGCCAGACAGCAAUCACGAAAAGAUAUUCAGCGAGAGGCAAAGCAAGGUGGUAAGACUUCCGACCUCAGUGGAACGAAAAGGUCACAAAUACAAGCAAAGCUAGCCAAGAAGCUGGAAGAGAAAUUGAGUGCAAGACAAACUAAGACAGAUACUAAGAAAAAAGGCAAAAGAUAACCCGACAUAGCAGGCUGAGUUAACUGUUAUAGUAUGAUAAAAUAAACUUGAUGUGCAACUCAAAAUCCAAGGUGUUCAUUCACUGCAUCGAUAAGGUCUUGUUUCUUUCCCCCAGCACUUACACCAACUCCUUUCAAAUAGGCCUUGAGCACAGGCACAGUAACCUUCUUCAAAUUUCCUUUCCUUGCCUCAGCUUCAACAUCAACAUCUUCUGAUGAGCUCCUGGGUCUCUUAGCACUGGGGGCAUUGCUAGCAGCCUUCCUCUUGGCACCAGGUUUCUGUUCAGGAUCAUAUCCAUCAGAGUACACUAACUCUUUAAACUCCUCUAGCAGUGAGCCAGCCCUGCGAGAGAUGCGCUCAAUGUCCGGCUCAGUUAGGUCUGUCACUUGCUCCACUUCGUCGUGCUCCAGGGCUAUAGCUUCUAGAUAGCGAUAGUGCUUCUGAAGAACAGGAUUCUCAAAAGAGUCAGGUUGGUACUUGAAGGUCAACUUCUUGAUGAUAUCCUUGGCUUUGUCAAUUUGCUCAGUAUUUGCUGAAAUUGCAAUGAUAUUGUUAUGUGGUAGGUACAUAGGAAAGCAUGCCCAAUCAGAUCCACCUUUAGUGGACUCCUCAAAAUGUAGAGUCCGAAAAUCCUCAGCAAAUGGAAGGAACACCACAUGAAAUCCUGGUGACUCCACUUGUAGAUUAUUUUCACCCAAAUUCUCUGCUUGAGGAACCAAUGCUACGAAGAAUGGCUGUGCAUUCUGCCGAGCAAUGUAGCGACAUAUAGCCACAAUGUCUCUUGCAAGGCAGCGGUCCAAGAGGACUUUGAAUAGGCUUGAGCUGCCUUUGACAACCUU